GUCUCAAAAGACCAUGCGAAAGCUGGGUGCAUACCUAUCUACUCCAUCAUAUGCUGCUUUAGUCCUCAAUGCAGCUCGAACACGAACCCGGACAUCACGACCGUGAGGUCAUCAAGCAGGAGACUGCGGAUACAUCUGCCGCUGAAGCUGCUCUGAAGGCCAAACUGUCCAGAAAGCGUACUAAGACCGGAUGCCUCACGUGCCGCAAGCGUCGCAUCAAGUGCGGCGAACAACGUCCCAUCUGUUCGAAUUGCAUCAAGAGCAAGCGGCAUUGCGAGGGCUAUAGCCAGCGCGUAGUAUUCAAGCCUCCCACCUUUGAAUAUCAGCCUGUCGCGAAUGGAGCCGCGCACAUCACUUUUCAAGCCGGACCUAUACAUGUACCAGUACCGGGAGCCGUGCCGGAACAUCGACACGAUGCACAGCAGACAGCACUCCCGGGAGGGCUCUCGAGCUACACGCAUCUGCGACCCAGGCCAGUGUCACAGCAAUUGGUGACUGUAUGGGACCAGCGUAUCCAGCAAUAUGUACUCAUCUCAGCCCCCGACAUGGAGCAUGUGCCGAAUGCUGCAUCCGACGUCCAGAUCUUCCAUCCUCCAGGGAGCAGUGCUCCCAUCGGGCCAGGUCAUAUCGCGCAGGGUCCCUAUGCGCCUCAGCAUCAGCAUCAGCAUCAGCAUCAACCGCACGCUGACCUGCACUCUGCUCAGAAACUUGCCCCAUCAGGCGCCUUAGACUCGGCGAUUCCGGUUGCCAGACCGUUCCUCGAUGAACACAGUGCAUAUGGUGGUUCACAGCUCAUCAGCGGACCUGCUGGUGCCUCUACUCUCUCCGCGACCGAUUCCAUGUUUCCCGUGUACAGCUGUCCGAUGCCACAACCUCCCACAACGCAUGUAGCAACAUGCGAAACAUCGACCAUGCCCACCCCAGACCCCUGGACCGGUGUUUCGUUUGAGCCUCCUAAUGGCAUGCCCACGGUGCAGACCCCCGGCUCCAGCGCAUCCUCGAGGACAUUGGCGCAUUCGCAGCAGAACUCUUAUGCGACGCCUCAAUCGCAGUGGCAGCCGGAAUGGCAGAUGCAAUGCGACUUGCAUCACACCCAACACGCGCAGCAUGAUCCGCUUCACCACGAUCAGCCUGUGGAGUACGAUAACCAUGCUCCACCCAUCCUUGAUCACACACAUCUGCUCCAUGCAGCUGCAGUGGAGAAUCAGGACGAUGGCUACUAUGAUGUGGAUUCCGACGACUCCGACGAGGAACAGGAUGUGGACACGUCAAUAUCACAAGAUCGAAGUUACAAGCGCCAACGGAUGCUGGGGAGGGUGUUGGACGGUAAGCAGAUCAGCAUCCGUGGUCUGCACAUGCGCCGAUAUGACACCUUCAUCUACGAGGGGGUCCUCGACACGUACCGCGUCGAGUACGUGGCGAGUCCGCUGAAAAAUCCUGCCACCGCGCGGGUGUUUGCACACUUCAUCUCCGCAACGGGACCAAGCUUGUCGAUUUUCGAGCGAGCACCGAUCAGCUCCUCUGUGCUGUUCAACCACGGAGCCGUCCCUCUGUCGCAACAGGGUUUAUGGACAUAUACGCUACCGAUGGCUGCGUUGCAUCACCAAGGCCUGCUCCACGCCAUGCUGGCACUCGCAAGUCUGCACAUCGCUCGACUUCAGGGCGCAUCAACCACGCCUUCGAUGCAGCACUACGCGUGGGCGCUUCGGCGCAUACACGCUGCAGUCAGCAAUCCCAAGAGUAGGCUCAAGGUCACUACUAUUGCAGCCUCCAUGUUACUAGGCUUCUACGAAGUGAUGACUGCAGAUCAUAUGAAAUGGAAUAUGCAUCUCGCUGGAGCCAAGCAGCUGUUUGUGGAAACCGAUUUUAUCAAGAUGACCAGCGAAUGCCGGCGGAUGAAAAAGGAGAGAGCCCUGAGCCUGCAAUACGAGUCCAAUUUCGGCAAGAAGGGACGGGAUAGUUCAGAAGAGACCUUCUCGCAGGCCGACUUGCUGGAUCAGAUUCCGGACAUUGACGAACGUGUGGUCAGUCAAAUGGUGGGCAAAGAGGUCAAGUAUGACAACUUCGGCCAUGUCGAAGCCUCUACUACCGUGAAUAUUCCUCCGACACUGGAUCUCAGCAAGUUCGAGAUCCUCAAAGACCUCUACUGGUGGUACUGUAAACAGGACGUCAUUCAGAGUAUCGUCAGCGGCAACCCUCUACUCAUGGACUUCAGCAGAUGGGCAAACUGUCCUCCGCGAGCACCACUGGGUCGAGGCGAUGCCGUGUAUGGAUCCUUCGAUCAUCUUGUUCUACUCCUGGGCCGCAUCGCAGACUUCGCGUCACGGGAUCGCAAGAGGAAACUCAAGCAGAUGGACGCGAAUGGCGGCCAAUGGAGACCUGCAGCUGGUAUGAACAUUUUCCGACCACCACAGACUCCGACGCCAUCGAGCAGCUUCAGGCCGCCCGGAACAGUGCCCAUGGGUGCUCCUCCCCCCAUGCCCGACUUCUACGGCAUGGCACCGCCUCCACGAGCUGAUGUACAGAUGCCACACUCGUAUGCAUCAUUCCCUCAUCCCGAUAUGCCUCCUCCCACUCCUCCUCCAGAUGCACACCGCUUCCACCACUCGAUCGACCACGAUCUACCACGAGCCACGCAGGAAGCCCUGGAGGAGCACCGUCGCAUCCGUCAAGCAUUAGACCUCUUCCAGAACAGCUUGAAUGCCGUCCCCUCCUUCCAGCCUCUCGCGCCCGAUUCCUACGACUCGCUCCACUCCACCGACACGGCCUUUGGCCCCACACAAUUCUACCGCACCUACGACAUUGGCUGCCUAUGGGCCCUCUACAACAUGGCCGUCAUCAUCGCCAUCCGCGCACACCCCCACAUGCCUCCGGCCGCGCACGUGGCAGCAGGCGUAGCCGCCCCCGAAACGCAACCCUACGCGCUCGAAAUCGGCCGCAUAGUCGCCGGCAUAGUCCCCGGCCCAGCCUCUCAAGCCCUCAACCCCAGCCUCGGCGCCGCGCUCUCGGAAAGCUGCAUCGCAUCCUUCUUCGCCGCAAUCCAAUACCAAGACCCGCAUCAACGCCACGAAACUGUAACGCGCAUCUUCAGCAUCUCCCAACGCACAGGCUGGGGCAGCGCCGAACUCAUCGCCAACGGCUGCGAAACCGCCUGGGUCAAAGCCGCUUCUGCAGGUCGCGGACCUCCAUAUACGAGGAUUUCUCGACCGCAAAAUUCUACGAGCGAUGAUCCGAGAUUAAAUGGUAGUUGGGAGAAAUUGGAUCCUAGAGUCCCUCCUGUGGAUGGAGAUGAGGGAGAUCGGAGAUUGGUGAGGACGAAGAAGGAAGCGAGGUUGAAUUGGGCGAUUGGAUUGUUGGGGUUGGAGGAUGAUGUGGAACGGGUGGGCGGCGGGGGGAGAGGUGGGGUGUGAAAUGUUGAAUGUUGAAAGUUGAAAGUUGAGAAGAAGUAGGUAAAGGUACCUUAAGGGUUAGAUGGUGAUGAGCAUGAGGAUGAGAAUGGGUGAUGACUUGAUGAAGUGAUGGAUAACGACGAUGAUUUGAUACUAUCUACCUUACCUACAGGUAUCUAUUGAAUACCUAGAGUAGAGUAGAGUAAAGUAGAGUAGAUGUAGUUUGUAGUUUGUAGUUUAUAUACAUGAAAAGAUAUAUACCUGAG